AUGGCAGCCAGUAACGAGCGCCGUGAUAUUGUCAUUGUCGGUAUGGAUUCUACCCCGCACUGCGAGUUGAUGCACCAUACUCACGAAUUUACUGCAGGCGGAGGCAUCAUCGGAUGCUGCUCGGCAUAUUAUCUGACAAGACACCCAUCCUUUGACCCGUCGCGUCACUCCGUCACUCUCAUCGAAGCGUCCGAAAUUGCAGGCGGCGCGUCAGGUAAAGCUGGGGGUCUCCUGGCAUUGUGGGCGUACCCCAGCAACAUUGUGCCGUUGAGUUACAAACUACAUUCUGAACUCGCCGAGGAACACAAUGGAAAGGAUCGCUGGGGGUAUAGAGAAGUGGGAUGUGGACAACUUAUCGCUCGAGGCCGUGCACUCAACGAAAAGAAAGAGGGCGGCGACGGCGGCGACUCUGUGUCCCUGCAGAAGCGCAGUGCUGCAGCGUUGGGAAAGUUGAAGAGGGCCCAAGUUCCUCAAGACCUAGACUGGUUUGAACCUGACCUGCUUAGAGGCUAUGAGAGCAUGAGUGACCCGGGCGAGACUGCUCAGGUCCAUCCAUACUUGUUCACUACAUCGAUGGCAAAACUUGCUGAAGAAAAAGGUGCCAAAGUCACACUGGGCUCAGUCACAAACAUCGGAUAUGCAGAUGACGCUGUGGAAUCUGUCACCUACACAGACAAAGAAUCCGGUGAUUCAAAGACGAUUCCUGCUACAGACGUCGUCAUCGCGGCAGGCCCUUGGACAAGAUCUGUCUUACCCGAGGCGCCGAUCUCAUCCAUGCGAGCUCACAGCGUUGUGAUUCGCCCUACGAGGCCAGUCAGCGCGCAUACUUUGUUCACGAACAUCGAGAUCCCGGCCAACUUCGACCCUGCGAAGCCCUCGCGUCCAACCGUUGCAGCGCCUGAGAUCUAUGCUCGCCCCGAUGACACCGUUUACGCAUGUGGCGAGGGUGAUCAGACCGUCCCGCUUCCUAAAACCACAGCAGAUGUUGAGGUUGAUCAAACACGGUGUCAGGAAAUUAUUAAUCAGGUGGGCAGUAUUUCUGAUGAGUUACGCAAUGGGCAGAUUUGCGCCCGCCAGGCUUGCUACCUUCCAAACGUCACCGCGGUGCGCGGAGGGCCUUUGGUUGGUCACACAAGCACUAAGGGUUUGUAUCUUGCUGCUGGGCAUACAUGCUGGGGUAUUCAAAACGCUCCGGGCACUGGAAAGCUGAUCAGCGAAUUUGUCUUCGACGGCCAGGCUAAGAGUGCAAAGAUUGGAUCUCUUGAUCCGCGGAACUACCUUUAA